AUGAUUGACAAAGAAUCUCCGGACAGCAAAGUCGACAGUUCUACUCAAACUGAACUUGUUAGUUCUUAUCAAGGUGGUAUAAUUGACGUGAAUUUGUCGUUUGGUAAAGAUUUCAAAUUGGAAGAUACAUCAUCAAAUGAAGAUGAUGCAAGGUUUUUAAGUAGCAAGCGUUUUCGACACGAUUCCUUUGAAGAUAUUGACAAGGAAACACGACCAACAAAAAAGACGAAAUGUACAGAGUCCAAUACAUCGAGUACUUCAGAUUUGAUUGACAAACAUAUUCCGCAUGAUUCUACACCCUCAAGCGGAUUAUGUUCAGAAUCGGAAGUUUCAUUUAAAUCAGCCAAUAGCAAUUAUUCGUACAAAACUCGUAAAAGAAGACGAAAAUCAGACACCAGUUUAAUAAAAAACAUAUUACAAAAGUCAGGAAGAGGUGCUUAUUUUUGUAAACGUUUCUCGGAAAACAAUUCAUCAGAUGGAACUCCCAGAAAGGAGAAGCCGCUCCGCCACAGUACUCGCACCAAAACAUGGAAAUUAAUGGAUUUAUGUACAUGGAUUGGCAGGAAGGGUUUCCAAUCUAUUACUGGAUUAUACGGUGACAUACUUAAAGAUUCAACAUAUUGUGAAGACAAGAAAGAUAACAUUUUAGUAGAAGAAGUAAAGCAACUAAAAAGGUUCGUAGAGGAAGUGGACCAAAAGUAUAAUCGCUUGGCGCGCGAAAAUGAGAACUUACAGGAUAAAAUGAAAAAAAUGUCGGCGAAAAUAGCGGAGCUAGAAAAUAAUUUAAGCCAACAACCACCUAAGGUGAUAUCUCCAUGUCCACCAUCUUGUCCUCCUCCUCCUCCACCACCUCCACCUCCGCCACCUCCACCGCCCCCGUCACAACCAAGCAAACUGCCAGUUCGUGCUCAUACAAUACCGAGAUGUGGAUCUGCUCCACCAAGAAUAGCCGCACCGCGACUCACAAUAACUCCUCAAGAUAUCGCCAAUGUUAAAUUAAGGAAAACUAAGGAUAACCCCGUCCGACCCAAGCCUGUACAGAAGGAGCAACAAGUUCUCGUAACGCAACACAUGCUAGAAACUACAAGAGCAAAACUUGGCCGCAACCGACCGAUCGCCGCCUCUACUCCUAAACAGCAACUCAGCGAGUUGGAGAAAUGCCUUUUGCAAGAAUCAUCUGUGACGUCACUCUACCGGCGGCGAGUGACGCGUGGAUCAUUUCGCAGUGCGGAGGAACUACGCGUGCGGCCGUACCCCGUGCGCUCCCCAUGCUCCCCGCGCUCCCCUCGCUCAAACUCCCUCUCCCGAAUGACCUCAACCUCCCCACUCAAAUUCCCUCUCAUUUGCUCAAGCAAAGAA